UCUAUUUUAUUUUGAAAAUAUGGACCCUUCGACAUUUUUUGAUCAGCCCAGUUAGCGAGCAGCUUUUGGUAACUGGGCUACGGUCUCAACCCAGUUACCGAACUAGUACUGUAUAUGAAUUCUUUAAUUUUCUAAUUAUUUCAUUUUUUUUAAAUACCUACUUAUUAAACUAAAUAUGCUUAUUAUUAAUAAUUAAUUAUUCAAUUCAACAGGCAAGAAUUGGGUGGUGGGCUUUCUAAAGCGCCAUCCCGAUAUCGCAGUUCGAACGCCGGAAGGUGUUUCGGCGGCAAGCGCACGCGUUUCUGAAGGUGAUUUACGUGGCUGGUUCAGCAAUGUGUUGACUUACGCGAUCGCUGAACGCUUGAUGGAAGCGAUGAAAGACCCGCAGCGGAAGGUGAACGGGGACGAGAUUGGUUUUUAUUUAUUCCAUCUGGCGAAAAAAGUCCUGGCGAAGCGAGGUAGCAGGGACGUAAUGAUGGUUGAGGCCGGAGACCCGAAGAAAAACAUAACUGUUUUGUUUUGCUUUUCCGCCGAUGGGGAUUAUUUCCCGCCGAUUGUGGUUUUGCCAUACGAGCGAUUUCCGCCAGAUGUUAUCCAAAGCUAUCCAGGAAGCUGGGGCCUCGGCAAAACAAAAAGCGGAUGGAUGGACACAAAAAAUUUCGUGCUAUACAUUCAGAAGGUUUUGUACCCUGCCCUGGUCCGAAAAAGGGUGACGUUUCCGGUACUCUUCUUCGUCGAUGGACAUCGUUCUCACACAGCCUUUGCCGCGGCGGAUGCGUGCCUAAAGCUAGGGAUAGUGCUGAUAGCACUUUAUCCCAACGCAACCAGAAUCAUUCAACCUGCCGAUGUGGGAAUAUUCGGUCCACUCAAGCAAUCCUGGAGGAAAAUCUUGGCUCGAAUGCCGCCGAACGAAGCCGUAACGGUUAAAACCUUUGCCGACAAGCUGCUCCCGGCAAUGAAUGAAGCUUUCAAGCCGGAAACGAUCAAGGCUGCAUUUAAAGUAUGCGGCAUUGAACCAUUCGAUCCAAAUGCACCAAACUACACGAAAUGUUUGGCCAAGUCCUCAGAGAUACUCCAAACAUCUCCUGGCUUGAACGAAAAUCCAACUCGAGGACCAAAUCAAGCAUUGGCCAACUCUUCCAGCGUGUACUCAUCCACACCAGCCACAACCGAGUCGAUUAGGCCACCAGUCCAAUCGCCGCUUCCAGAAUUGGUCGAUUCGGCCAGAUUGACGAUCCCUGAAGGCAGAUUCUACGACGUCGCGAUGGACGACGCGAACGUGGCACCAGUCCAAUCGCCGCUUCCGGAAUCGGUCGAUUCGGCCAGAUUGACGAUCCCUGAAGGCAGAUUCUACGACGUCACGAUGGACGACGCGAACGUGGCACCAGUCCAAUCGCCGCUUCCGGAAUUGGUCGAUUCGGCCAGAUUGACGAUCCCUGAAGGCAGAUUCUACGACGUCGCGAUGGACGACGCGAACGUGGCACCAGUCCAAUCGCCGCUUCCGGAAUCGAUCGAUUCGACCAGAUUGACGAUACCUGAAGGCAGAUUCUACGACGUCACGAUGGAAGACGCGAACGUGGCACCAGUCCAGUCGACAUACCGUUUGGAUCCAGAACUGGUCGAUUCGGGCAUCGUGUACUUCCCCGAAGACGUGACCAGUAGCGUUGUCGACGAGACAAACAUGACGCCGGUAGCGGAACCAACUCUGCCUCUACAGGAUCAAACUAAUACCAGGCCGAUAAGUAUCGCUGACUUCCUCACCACACCUCCAACCCCUAAGAGGAAAGGCAAACAUAUAAACUAUAAAAUCCGGACUAAUCCUAUCUUAACGGCUGCUGAGAGGAUGGAAGAACUCAGAGAAAAUGAACGACAAAAGGAACAGGCCAAGCAGCAAAAACUUGAGAAUGCUCGCAAACGCGAGCAAAAAAGGGCAGAUAAAGAAGUAGAUAAGAGACAGCGUGAGGAGACCAGGGCAAGAAAGAAGGAAGAGAGAAAAGAGUGGAUGGCUCUUAAGGAAGCGCUAAGAGUCCGCAAGCAAAAGGAAAGACAAGAAAAGCAGGAAGCUAAAAAGAAAGCGAAGCAGUCUCCAGACGAAUCUUAUGUACGGCUACGUUGAAAACCCACCAUUGCAGAACAAGAAGUAAUAUCCCAAUAAUAUCACUAAUAUUUUAAUCAAUAAGACACCUUCAAGAAACAACACCACAAAAAUACAACAUAUUAAUCAAUAAAACACCAUGAAAAAGUUCAAUUUGAAUCUAACUGAACCCCAAGUCUCCUGCUUAUUCAAUCCGAAAAAAGUUACAUACAAAAAUAUCUCAUUUGAGCAAUAACAUCGAUUCAAAUGCAAAGCUCAUUUUGAUGAAAAAUGAGCUGUUGUGCUAGUAGUUAUCGACAUAAACCAAAAUUUUAACCUUCCAAUGAAACCAGUGUUUUUUUCUUUAACUUCUCUAAAAAAAAGGUCCCGAUUUUCCCCAGUUGGCGGUACUCAAUUUAUUGAAGAUCAUUUGUUUUUCGCAAUUUAAUUACCAACUCAACUGUCGUUUUGAAAAAAAUAAACUACUUGGCUCAUUCACUCAUAGGCCCUUUACAAUCUUCCAUUUUUGUUUAUUCUCUCAUUGUAUAUGUAGUUGUGCGGGCACACGAUAAGCGAUGGAAUUAGAGUUCACCAAGGUUGGAAUUAGGUUUGAUGGGCCAAGUUUAGAGGAAAAAACUAUUAAUACAAACAUACCAUUCAAACAGUUUUAUAAUAGUUAAAUGUAGUUUCAACCUAACUAUAGUAAACAGUUAGAGUUGUGCUUUCGAUUGAACACAUUUUUGGCAUACUCUUGCGUGAACAACAUAGUUUAAUUAGCAAAACAAUGCAGUAGUGCUGCUUAACCUGCCAAACAUACGUGCCGUU